UUAAAAUGUUGUCUAUGCACAAUGGCCUUGAGCUGUGUGAGUUGCGGCAAGCCAUUUAAAGGUUUUGCUUUAUUUUGUGUAUAAUUUUCUUGGAAAUCAGUUGAUAAAAACUCAGUUUGCCAUCGCGACAUUGAGUAAUAUAUUGCUUAUCAUACAUAUAAUAUGAUUCUGUGGAUACAUGAAUCCUUGAACAAUCAAUAUGGGUGAUACUUCAUCCGAUUGUUCCUGGAAAAAAAUGGUGAUAGCGAAAAGCAACAACAAAUGGUUUACUACGAUCAAAGAUGAGCAUAAUGAUGAAGAUAUUGUGAAUACAUCAAACUUUAGUUUAGACGAGGAGCUGUCAUCGUACAAAGGAGUAAAAUUAGAGCAAAAUGAGUGUGAGCAGAACUUUCAGUUGUCUGGUGAGCCGGUUUCGAUGAUGCAAGAAAUAGAUCCGCUUGCGCUGAAUGAGCCACAGAAACGCAAGACGCGUAAAUUAUCCGCGCCAAAAUGUGAAACACCGGACGAGAGAGCGACGAGGUUGGCUAAAAUGUCCGCCUAUGCCGCGCAAAGAUUGGCUAACGAGCUGCCUGAACAGCGUGCAGCUCGUCUCAGGCGCAUGUCCGAAUACGCGGCCAAGAGAUUGGCGCAAGAGACAGCGGAGCAGAGAGCCAAGCGCCUCGCGCGUAUGUCCGCCUAUGCAGCUAAAAGACUCGCCAGUGAGACCCCCGAGCAGAGGCAAGCGCGACUUACGAGGAUGUCUGCAUAUGCAGCUAAGAGGCAGGCCAUGAAAAGAGUUGCCAGUUCCGUGACCAACGGCACACAAAAACUUAUUAAUAUGAACAGAAUGCCUAACCAAAGUUGAGAUUGUAUGAGUCAUUGAUUAUUAAUUUACUUAUUUAUGUAUGAUGUAGCUGUACGAUUUGUACUUUCUUUUUUAUGCAAUUUACACUAAAUGUAAAUAGUUAUUUUCUUCAUAGAUUUAUAUUGUCGUUUUUUAUUUUUGCAAAUGUAUUUAAGAGAAGGAUUUAGCAUUAACAGAUCAAUUAUUAUGACCUCUGUCACAAUAAAAGUAAUUUUGUAUGAUUGUA